UACCGAACUUUAGAAAAAAAAAAACUAUCCUUGCUCCUCUGCAAAACCCUCCCAUUUUCAGAGAGCUUUUAGAGAGAGAAAGUGCAGAGAGAGAGAAUGACGAGAAACACAGCUACAUUGCGAAAUCUAAUUCGUUGUAAUAGGAUUCUUUCAUCUUCCGUCACUGAAACCCUAAUUUCCUCUCCGAACCCAACAGUUUCAUACUCCAAUUCACUGUUUUCCUCAAAAAAACCGUUCUUUACGGCCACCACCACCGCCGCCGCCGCCAAAUUUCAACUGCCGCAGCAUAUCAGCAUCCACCGAUGCCUUUCUUCACCACCCUCAGGUCCUUCAAAUAUUGUGGUGAUCGACUCUGAAGAGAAAUUCAGUAGUUCUUUUCGCAAGGUUCAAGAUGAAACCUUGCCUGCAAUAGUCUACUUCACCGCAGUAUGGUGUGGCCCAUGCAGGUUAUUAUCUCCCAUCAUCGGACAAUUGAGUGAGAAGUACCCUCAUGUCACCAUAUAUAAGAUUGAUAUUGAUCAGGAGGAGCUUGGAAGCAAAUUAAGCGAAUUGAAUAUUCACUCUGUGCCAGCACUCCACUUCUAUAAAGAUGGGAAAAAGGCCGCUGAAGUGAUUGGUGCUGAUGUUCAACGCUUGAAGGAUGCAAUGGAAAAUCUCUACAAAUAAUCUUUAUAUUGCAUGCUUCUUCUUUGUGUAUGCUUGUGGCUCAGUAAAUACAAUAUACCAUUCUGCUCUCAGUGGUCCGGUUUAGAAUCAAACGCUUAAACCUAAAUUUGUUUGUUUAGAACCAGUAAUAUGAUUGUUUUAAUUUAUUUGUUAGGAGUAGGUUGUUUUGUGGUGUUGACGUUGCAAGAAUUGAUAUUCUCAAGUCAUUUCAAGUAGCUUGUCCUGUUAAUUGUACACAAUUGCGAUGACCUUGUUUGGGAGGAUGGGUUGUUGAUGAUGUUGGUCAUGGCAUCCAAAUGCGUGUUCCCUUGGACUCGUUAGUGAUCCUUUUCUUUCCUUUCUUUUUGUUUUUUUGUUGUAAUGUGCCAGACCUUGGCGGAUUUUACUUGGGAGGAGUCCGUCCAUUCAGACGAUGCUACUGCCAUUCACGAGUUUGUGUUAGGGCAAGCAUUCAAAUAGUUUUGGGCAUUGUGAUAAGAUCCAUGAUUCAACCUUGAAUUGAUUUAUGAAUUUCUCUCUAGCAAUGGAUGAUUCUGGCUGUUCUGUUUGUCA